CACUCGCUCCGCCUCUAGUAGUAGUUCACGUCCUCCAGCCAUUAAAAGGGGUGAUGCAACGAGCCGGCGACAACUGUAACUUUACCAGCUGAGCGCGAGAACACCUCCAGCCGGAGGAGAGCAUCACAACACGCGCGUUUUAUUCAGUCAAAACAAGAUUUCGGAAUGAUGCUUCAGCAUCCUGGUUUGGGUCCCUUUGAGAUCAGUGCAUCAGCUUUGGUUCCCUGCCUCUCCCCGCCCGGCUCACUCACAUUGGACGACUUCACCAACUUCACUCCAAUAGUGAAAGAGGAGCUGCGCUACGCCAUCCAGAACAAACGCAUGUCCAACGGCAUGAGCACCUUGACCUCUGAUAGAGCGUGUAUGAACAGCGAACGACCCACUGAACAACCUGCAAUGAAGCGAGAGGCCAAUCCAGAGGAAAGUGAACGGAAAAAAAGAAGGAGGGAAAGAAACAAAAUCGCAGCAGCAAAAUGCCGAAACAAGAAAAAGGAGAAAACUGACCAUUUACAAAAGGAGUCAGAGAAGUUGGAGUCCAUCAAUGCCGAGUUGAAAGCCCAGAUUGAAGAGCUGAAGAACCAAAAACAGCAGCUAGUUUACAUGCUCAACCUGCACAGGCCCACCUGUAUUGUCCGUGCUCAGAACGGCCAGACCCCUGAAGAUGAGAGGAAGCUCUUCAUCCAGCAAAUCAAAGAGACCACCCUGCAGGGUCUGAAUCUUACCACAAGUGGACCAACACACACCGCGAUACCAACUAGCUGUGGGCAUCUCUGAAUCACAAACUGUACAGGCAAGAAGCUAAUGGCUCCGCAGUCCUCGCCAAGGAACACUGGGAGGUUCACCCACGUUAUAAAGGACUAAACACGGGUGCCUGCCAUGCUGCCACUCAAGGUCGGUCUGAAGUACACUGAAAGAGACUGUUAAAGCACUGAAGUGUUGAAGGACGUCUGAUGCGUUUUUCUCUUAUUUAAAUGUGUUCGUAAAGGUAUGAUAUGCUUUUUGUAUGCACCAAAGCUUGAUGUCAUGUUGAUGCUAGAACAACAUGAUUUCCUUUAUUUAUCAGCUUGUUGGUUAAAUUAAACCCUGGCGGUGUGUUUGACAGCAAGUACUAUUCUAGUGAGGGGGAAAAUGUAGUGAUUUGUGUGUAUCUUUUUCAAUUUUUGGCAGACAUACAGGGUGAUGAAUGAAGUUGUUUAGUUUAGUUACAUAUUUAUCUGUGCCCUCUGCCUUGUUAAGUGUCCACAUAACAUGCCACGUGAAGUAUUUCAAGCUGCUACUAAUCUCUCAGGACUUGGUCUAUAUAUAUUACAGGAAACUCUAACUAAAACAGAUAAAAUAACAGGGAAGUCGACGCGGAGUGGACUUUGAGACGCUACUUACAAGGAAGUCCCUACCCUUCACCACUGAAAGCCUAUCUAUCACCUCACCCAUCUGACUAUAUUGUUGUUACAAUGCUGUGAGCAGGAGGGUCUGCGUUUAUCAGCACACUGUAAAAAAAGAAAAGAAAAAAAGAGUGUUUUUGUGCUUUUAGCAAGGACAUGCUUAUUUUCUGAUGUAUACUGUAGCUGUGUGUUGUUAUUGUCUAGAUGCACAAACUUCUACACUCCCAGCUAACAGGGAAUGUUCUCAGAACGUUCUGACAAGGUUCUCUUGAAGUCACGAGCAAACCUUCUUCCAGUAACGUUAAUAGUAGAAUGUUCUUUCAAAGCUAUGUGGUUUUUAAUAAUGUUCUCAAAAUGUUGUUUAUACAUUGUUCAUGGAACAUUUUUUUUUCUGAAAUGUUUGUCUACUUACAACUUGUUUCAGAACAAUCAGAGAACAUUCAAAAUGGAACAUUCCAACCCAAUCUCAUGUCAAUUCGUACGUAUUUGACGAGGUGGCUAAUUCGUAUGAAUUCAUACAACCUCACUCGAACAAAUUUGUCCGAAUUUUGCUAAAUCGUAUGUAUUUUAUGAGUUUGUACGAAUGACCUACCCCUAACCCCGCCCCUAAACCUACCCAUCACCCAAAUUAGCCACCACGAGAUAGCCUAGUGUUAAACAUUCCCUUAACGUUUCCUCUAACGUUUGCAUAACCAAGAAACCUUUGAACAUUUUUUUUACAAAUUGUAACGUUUUCGUAACUUAAUGGGAAUGUUAGCAAAACGUUCUUAGAACAUUUUUGUGAGCUGGGCUUAUCCUAAAUGAAAAAAAAAAAAAAGAAGCUUAAAAUAUUUUAUGUAAUGCUUAAACUUUUCAACGUAAAGCUCUUAAUAAUUGUCUUGCUAUGUUCCUGGAUCAUGUGUCAAGCAAUUUUAGUGUCACGCCAUGUUGUUAGUAAAGGAACACAUGCCACAAGACAUCUGAUCAGGCAGUGUGACUGCAUUGCUUAAUAUUACAAAAAGGUGUAAGAAAUUUUAAAAACAUCACUCCAUUUCUACUAGACAGAGGAAAAUCCCUUAUUGUUUCACAAACUUCUGCCUCUUGUUUUUGAGUAUAGUCUAAAUUUAUGUUUUGUCAUGUACUGAAAGGUUAAGUGACGCAGGCGUCAGGUAGCUUUUUCCUUUUUUUUUUUUUUUGUAUUUGUUCAAACAGGCAUGCCACAAACUGUGGUACUACUGACAUUUAAUGUGUAAUAAAGACACAUUGCGGUUAAAACAGGUUUUAUCCAUCACGCCAUUUCUGUCCACAUCAAAGUGUUCAAGUGCAAUUGCUACCAGAAGUCAUGAUUGAGAAGAUAAUGGCCUGCAACAUUCAAUUGCAUAUUUAUAUGAAAUAUAUAUAUGGCUUCAUUUUGACUGUCCGUUGUUUGUUUUUGAUACUUUAUUAAUAAAAAAUGAUACCAUUUGAGUCA